AUGGGUCACCAAAUGCUUAAGUGGAGCAAGGCCACUAGUAGUAAGGAGAAGAGGAAUCGACUUGUUUUAGAAGACAGAUUAGCUAGACUUUAUAAUCAAGAUCCUUCUGAUGAGAUUCUAUUGGAGAUUAUGGAAGUUGCUGUGCAACGACACUUUCGUGGUAGAAUUUUUGAACUGGAAGAUGGAGCCGGUAGGAGGACUACCUCAUCUGAGAAAUUUAUACAGAUUGCUACAGACUAUUUCGAUAAGCUUUUCUCUGCUUCAGAAAUAGAGGAGGAAAUUGUCUAUGCAGUCAAGUUAUUGGCGCCAUUGAAGGCCCCUAGUGUGGAUGGCUUUCUGGCUCUCUUUUUCCAAAGAUAUUGGCGUAUUAUUGGUCCUGAAGUUUCCCAAAUUUGUUUAUCCGUGUUGCAUGGACAUUCAGAUAUAGGUGAUAUCAAUAGAACACGCAUAAUUUUGAUUUUUAAGAUUGAUAAGCCGAAAACUAUGUCGCAUUUCAGACCUAUAAGCCUGUGCAAUGUUAUUUACAAAAUUAUUGCAAAAGUCUUGGUCAUAUGUAUGAGUGAUAUGUUGGGAAAUUGCAUUAAUGAAGUUCAAGGGGCUUUUACUCCAGGAAGGCUUAUUUCUGAUAAUGUGUUGAUUGCUUAUGAGAUACUUCAUUCUUUAAAAAUGAAGAGGAGUGGCAAGAAAGUCAAUUUUGCGCUUAAACUCGAUAUGAGUAAAGCAUACGACCGUGUGGAAUGGGAUUUUUUGGCAGGGAUGAUGAAGCAUUUGGGUUUUCAUAUGGAUUGGAUUGUUCUUAUUACACGUUGUGUCUGCUCUGUUACAUACUCUAUUAGUCUUAAUGGAUCCAAUAGUGAUUGGUUUUCUCCUUCCAGAGGACUUAGGCAAGGAGAUCCUCUCAGUCCUUAUCUGUUUUUGAUUUGUGCUGAAGGGUUUUCUCUGCUGAUUCAGGAUGUUAAAGAUAAAAAGAAGAUGUUGGGGGCGCCUAUAGGUAGAGAGAAAUUCUCGGUCAAUCAUUUGUUUUUUACUGAUGAUUGUACUAUUUUCGGUGAUGCUUCUUGUGAGGGUGCAGAGGUGGUUCGGGAUGUUAUCCAUGAAUAUGAAAUGGUUUCAGGACAACGAGUGAAUUUUGAUAAAUCCCUAAUAUAUUUUGGUAAAAAUGUUGCCUCUAGCGUUCAAGAGGACAUAGUCAAGUUGUUAGGAGUCCAGUUGGCCUCUAAUCCCGAGAAGUACCCAGGCUUGCCUAUGAUGGUGGGUAGGAGGAAACAGUGGGCUUUUGCUAAUUUUGUGGACCAAUUUAGGAAACGGAUUGAAGGGUGGAGUUUGUGCUAUUUGUCAAUGAAGGGCAAUGAGGUGUGGCGCAUUUUAUCCCAGCCUCAGUGUCUUUUAGACAAGGUUUUAAAAUCACGUUAUCUUCCUUUUUAUGAUAUUCUAACAGCAAAGGUUGGCUCUUACCCUUCUUCUACAUGGAGAAGUAUUUGCAGUGCUCGGGAGCUGAUCGGAGAUGAGAUUUUGUGGCAGGUGGGAGAUGGUAUCCGCAUCAAUAUUUGGAAUGACCCUUGGUUACUUGGAAGGGAGAACAAUAGAAUUCUGGUUCAGGAAAUUAGGCCUUCUUGGACGAAGCAAAUCGAAUCUUAUCUAUUCCCAUUUCUGCAAGUAGGCCGGAUGAUAUGCAGGUCCGGAAGUAUGAAGGUUCAGUUUCAUAGAAAUAAGUUGGUUCAUGAGGGGGUUAAGUUUUCAAUGCGAAAUUUAUUGGGGUUUAUCAGGGGUUAUGAACAAGAUCUUGGUUUUGUACAUGCAAACCUCUGUUCUGUUCCUAUUUCUAGGGGUAAGGAACUAUGGAGGCCUCCUGAUUAUGGUAUUAUUAAACUUAAUUUUGAUGCGUCUUUUAUUCAGGAAAAGAAGCUUGCUACAACAGCAGUCUUAGCCAGAGAUUACAGAGGGUAA